AUGGCCUAUGAUUGGUAUGUGGCCAUCUGUAUCCCACUUUUGUAUAACAUUGUCAUGUCUUCUAAAGUGUGUUCCAGCCUUAUGCUUGGUUCCUACUUGAUGGCAUUUUCUGGUGCCAUGGCUCACACUGGAUGCAUGCUGAGACUGACCUUCUAUGAUGCAAACACCAUCAACCAUUAUAUGUGUGAUGUCCACCCUCUGCUCCAGCUCUCUUGCUCAAGUACCUACGUCAAUGAGCUGGUAGUUUUCAUUGUGGUGGGCAUCAACAUCAUUGUGCCGUCUCACCAUCUUUGUUUCUUAUGGUCUCAGCCUCACCGGCAUCCUCCACAUCCCUCCAUGGAGGGCAGGUCCAAAGCCUUCAGCACCUGCAGUUCCCACAUAAUUGCUGUUUCUAUGUUCUUUGGAUCAGGGGUAUUUAUGUAUCUCAAACCAUCAUCUGCUGGGUCUAUGGAUGAGGGAAAAGUCUCUUCUGUCUUUUAUACCAAUGUGGUUCCCAUGAUGAACCCUUUAAUCUAUAGUUUGAGGAACAAAAAUGUUAAAAUAGCUCUGAGAAAAACCCUGGGGAAAAUAAAGUAUUGA